AUGACUACUCACAAGGGUGGUCAGUGUUAUCUCAAACCUCACAAGGGUGGUCAGUGUUGUCUGACUGCUCACAAGGGUGGUCAGUGUUGUCUCACAGCUCACAAGGGUGGUCAGUGUUAUCUCAAACCUCACAAGGGUAGUCAGUGUUGUAUGACUACUCACAAGGGUGGUCAGUGUUAUCUCAAACCUCACAAGGGUGGUCAGUGUUGUCUGACUGCUCACAAGGGUGGUCAGUGUUGUCUCACAGCUCACAAGGGUGGUCAGUGCUGUCUCACAGCUCACAAGGGUGGUCAGUGUUAUCUCAAAGCUCACAAGAGUGGUCAGUGUUGUCUGACUGCUCACAAGGGUGGUCAGUGUUGUCUGACAGUUCACAAGGGUGGUCAGUGUUGUCUGACAGCUCACAAGGGUGGUCAGUGUUUGUUGACGGACGAAGAACGUGUGUAUCUGAAUGCCGCGUCGCUGGGAGACGCAGGAAUUGUACGGGAAACAUUGGAGGAGGAGAACCAAGACGGCACACUUAACGCUAACUGUGUUGACUACAUGGGGCGUAACGCCCUCCACCUAGCGGUGGAUAGUGAGAAGAUUGAUGUGAUAGAAAUCCUUCUGGAUAAUCUGUCUUUUGGCUGCAUAGAAGAGUCAUUACUUCACGCCAUCAGUAAAGGUGCCACAAAAAUUGUCAAGGUCAUAUCAGAACAUCCCAAUUUUAUCGCGGGAGAAGAUAGGUUUCUUAUAUCAGGCGUCAAUGAGGCUUUCUUCAGGACAGAGGAAAAAAGUCAGUUUCCCCCUGACAUAACACCUAUCAUUCUUGCCAGUCACUACAAUAACCAUGAAAUAGUUCAGAUGUUUCUGUCAAGAAACCAUCGGAUAGAACGACCUCACCCAAUUUCUUGUAGAUGUUCAGACUGUAUCUCAAAGCAAAAUUAUGAUGCACUAAAAAGGUCAAGGUCAAGACUGAACGCCUACCGGGCGCUGGCCAGCCCGGCCUACAUGGCGCUAUCCAGUGCAGACCCAAUUAUGACCACUUUUGAACUGCGACAGGAAAUGAUGCACCUUGCUGAAGUCGAGAAAGAGUUCAUGGCUGAAUACCUAGGUCUAGUCGAGCAAUGUAUGAACUUCGCCUGUGAGUUGAUGGACAUGUGUCGUGGAACACAGGAAGUAGAGGCUGUGUUCAGUGAAGGGUCCGGAUGUGGAGAAGAUGUCCGUGUUGAUCCUCUCGCCAGACUCAAAAUGGCCAUACGUUACCGCGAGAAAAAGUUUGUUGCUCAUCCUAACUGUCAGCAACACAUGACGACCUUGUGGUACGGGUCUGAGAUGGGAUUUCUGCAGUCGCUACCGUCCUGGAAGCAGCUUGCGUUUGCCGUGUGCUUUAUUCCGUGUAUACCUGUGAUGUGUGUAGCUUACGUAAUGGCUCCUAACACAAAGGCUGGAUCUGUGAUGCGUUGCCCCGUGACCAAAUUCAUCACCCACACGACGUCACACAUGUGUUUCCUCGUGCUACUGGCUGCCGCGACCUUCCGGCUGACCGAGAGCGGUGUUUCCAUUACCUCCACAAGAGAGAUGAACAGUCCGGCGUUCGUGCACCUCUCGCACGAUGAGAAGAUACAGAGCCUAAUGAAGGAAACUUUAAGGCCAUCCAGCACACUUCUCACUCAUGUCCAAAUCUGUAUAGUGUUUUGGAUAUUAGGUUUACUUUGGAUAGAGUGUAAACAGAUCUACCAUACCGGUGCACGGUCCUACCUAACCGACUAUAUCAACUUCAUGGACUUUAGUGUGCUCUCCAUGUACCUCGCAUCCUACGUUAUGAGAUUCUUCACGGAAUACAAGGUGACAAACGCCAACAGGUAUUUUAAUGGAACCAUGCGCGGCCAUGAAUUACUGAAACACUCAAAUUAUACCUACUUUAACCUUCUCUUGGAUGAAAUCAAGGACCCGUCGAACUCGCCGACCAACUACUUCAUGGAGGCGUCUCGGUUCCACUGGAAACCAGACGAUCCCGAAAUUGUGUCUGAUGUCCUGUUUGCUAUAGCCAAUGUGAUCAGUUUUGCCAGAACCACCUACCUCAUGCCAGCCUUUGAGGUCCUGGGACCGCUGCAGAUCUCCCUUGGUCGAAUGAUUGGCGACAUCACGCGCUUCAUGGUGCUUUUUAUGUUGGUCCUGUUUGCAUUCAUGGUAGGUCUCCAUAAUCUGUACUGGUACUAUGGAGCUCAAAGAAUUAAGAUGACUAUGAACGGACAGAUUGUCUACGUACACGCGGCGGAGGCUUUUCAGGGGUUACGACAGACGUUCUAUAGCCUCUUCUGGUCGAUGUUCGGUCAGGUCAGCAUCAACGACAUCAACGUUAAACAUCCAGGGCCAGAAGGAAUUUACAGCCCAAAUGAUCCGGAGUCGUUGAUGAAGAGCAGCACCUCGAUAGUGGAGGGAGUCGGGUUAUCACUUUUUGGAAUCUAUCACGUCGUUAUCAUCAUCGUCCUCAUCAAUAUGCUGAUCGCCAUGAUGAGCCACUCGUUCGAGGACAUACAGACCGACUGUGAUGUGGAGUGGAAAUUUGCCCGGACGAAGUUGUGGCUAAAUUACAUGGACGAAGGCAGUACCUUGCCCGUGCCCUUCAACAUGAUCCCAUCCAUUAAGUCCUUCUGUUACUUGUGGAAGUUUUGCAGGGACUUGUUUGCUAUGGCUGAUAGUAAUUGGCUGGUUUACCAGAAAGCUAGAAAACAGACAUUUAUCAAGAAGAGACGAGAAAAUAUUUGCAAGACGUUGGAACUGAAAACUGACAAUACCUCAUACUCCGAAAUGAUUCAGCGGCUUGUCAAGAGAUAUCUGUUUAAACUAGAGCGAGCAAAAGAUGAGAAGGAGAACUAAGGCGGGCCAAACAUACGAUCUGAGGAAGUUGAGAUCGCCGACACCCAUGACACGCCCCCUCCAGUACCCAAUGCGCCCAACCGAAUUCAAUAUGCCACUCCCCCUACUAUACACGAGGAGGAGGAGGAGGGGGUUCAUAUCGGCAGCAAAUGUACGUAUAAUGAUCGUAAACGAACGUCCAACCCGGCGGCGCCAGCCCCUACAACAUUGGUUAUUCCACAACUUGAUGCCAUCCAACGAUCGCAGAAACUCCUUGAUGUGCGCUUACAACACCUUCAAACAAAUAGCAAAAUGAAUACAAAAAUUAUUGACGAUAUAGAAUUUUUGAGGAGAGUAAUGAACGAAAAUCAGAAAGCGUUGUGCAACAUAAUUCAAGCUUUAGGAAGUAUGCAAUGUGAAAUUGUGAACUUGGUCAAAUGUUUUGCGCCAGUUCCUACACAGAACCAGAAUAAUGUGACCAACACUCACUCUCAACAGAACUCAAUCCACAGAUUUGGUAGUGGAAAGAAACGUCCAAGUCAUGUGACUGACGAUGACGAGAGUGAGGUGUGA